AGAAUGAGUUCAAAUAUGCUGUAAUAACUCAUGAAGUUAACCAAGGGAAAUACAUAAAGUGGUGCAAGAAUGAUUGGGAAAGAGUGAGAGCAACUUGUGGUCAUCCAGAUUGCAACUGGGAGAUUUUAGCUUCAAGAAUGCAUCGAGAUAGCGCAUUCCAGAUCAGAACAUACAAUCACACUCAUCGUUGUAAGAAUUGGAACCAUCGUAACAAAUCAAUUAAUUCAUCUUAUAUUGCACGAAGAUACCUUAAGGCCAUAGGCUCAAAUAGGUCUUGGGCAAUCUCCGAAUUCAGAGAUCACGUUAGUAUGGAGCUAAGAGUCCAGGUGACAUUAUCACAAUGUAGAAGGGCUAAGAGAAAAGCACUUGCAUUGAUUGAUGGAGAUCUUAAUGCUCAAUACAAGGUAUUGUGGAACUAUUGCAAUGAGAUUGGUAGGACAAAUCCAAAUACCUCUGUCUAUAUGGAAUUGGUUGAAAAUGAGGUGCCCGACAAGCCUAAGAGAUUCCAGCGAAUUUACAUUUGUUUUGGUGGUUGUAAAGAGGGGUUCAAGAGUGGUUGUCGAAGAAUAAUUGGGAUCGAUGGUUGUUAGCUUAAGGGCCCAAUGUAUGGAACUCAAUUGUUAACUGCUGUUGGAAUUGAUCCAAAUAACAAUAUCUUUCCAAUAGCAUAUGCAGUUGUAGAGAAGGAAAGAAAGGAAUCAUGGGAAUGGUUUUUGAAUUAUUUGAAGAUUGACUUAGAAAUUGAUGAUACUAGUACUUGGACCUUCAUGUCAGAUAAGCAAAAAGGUUUGAUUGAAGCGUUCAAUGAGGUAUUGCCAUAUGUUAGUCAUCGAUUCUGUGUGAGACACCUCCAUAACAACUUCAAGAGGGCCGGAUUCGGUGGUGACUCACUCAAGAAUGCCCUUUGGAAGGCUGGAAGAGCUACGACAGUAGAGUGGUUUGAUGAUUGCAUGGUUGAUAUCUUUGAUCUUGAUCCAGAAGCUGUUGAUUGGCUCAAGAACAAGCCACCUACUGAAUGGUCUAAAUCUCACUUUUCCGAAACUGUGAAAUGUGAUACCUUACUCAAUAAUAUAUGUGAAUGUUUUAAUAGCAUGAUCCUUGAGGCUAGAGAUAAGCCGAUUAUCACUCUAUUGAAGAAGUUAAGGUACUUACUUAUGUCGAGGAUGCAAGCAAAUAGGGAUAAAGGUGCCCAGUGGAAUGUUGGUGAUAUUUGCCCUAGGAUUAAGGAUGUAUUGCACAAAAUCAAGCUAAGGCAGCUGAAUUUAUUCCUAGGAAAUCAAAUGAGUGGAAUUAUGAGAUAAUAGGGGCAAGCAUAAUGAACAAUUGCGCUGUGGAUUUACUAAAUAGAAAAUGCAGUUGUAGGAGAUGGGAUCUAACAGGAAUUCCUUGCAAACAUGCCAUUGCCGCAAUUUGGGCUAAACAUGAUGACAUUAACUCAUACGUGGAUGAUUGUUAUAAGGUAGAAACUUAUAGAAAAAUCUAUGCAUUUUCUAUUCUACCUAUGAACGGUCAAGAUAUGUGGCCUAAGUCGAAAAACAUACCUCCUUUGCCUCCACGGUUGGUAAGACAAAGUACCAAAGGAAAAAAACAAAAGCAGCGGAGAAAAGAACCAGAUGAAGUGGGAGCAAGUAGACAAAAAAUGAGAAGGAAGCAAAAUAAAUUGGACUGUAUCUUAUGCCACAAACCAGGCCAUAAUAUAAGAACCUGCAGUUUAAAUCGUGUGUAUCCAGAUUCUCAUGAUGAUAAGACAACGCAACAAGGAUCAUCAUUUCCUACUGUACCUUUUGCUCCUACAAAGCUUACGGUGAGAAGAGGACCUGCUAGCGAAGAACAUAUGAAAGCAACUCAAGAAAGUGGAGUGUCUGACAACUCAUUUUUUAGUAUGUAAAUUGUUGUUGUUAAAGAUUGUGUUUUGCUGCUGUUGAAGGAAAAUUUUUGCUGCUAUAGAAGGAUAAGUUUUGCUGCUCUAAAAGGAUAGUUUUGCUGUUGUGAAAGGUUAAUUUUUGCUGCUGAAGUCUGGUGUAAAUGAGUCGAUGUUGCUGUUGAAGACGAUGUGGACAGGUUUAUAUGCAUAGCAGACUAAAAGGGAUAGGUUGAUAUGCAUAAAAGGGUUAAUUUUUUGUUGCUAAAGAUUGAUGUAAAAGAGUAGAUUUUAGUAACUCUUCAUUUUGGUUUAGUUACUGUAAAGAGCUACAGUACUAUAUUUCUCAGAAGAUGGAUAUUAUCUAUAAAGGAGAUACUUUUAUUAGCUCCUUA